AUGGCUACUCCUUCUGGAAACAAUACUGUUCAGUCUGAAGAGGAUGAAUCUUUUGAGCAUCUUGAUGUGCACAAAGAGUAUCUCACACCAGAAGAAAUGGAAGAAAAGAUUAAAGCAUUGGGUGAUAGUGGAAGGCCUGUUAAUAUAUUAGUGGUUGGCCCAGUUGGUGCUGGUAAGUCAACGCUUGUCAAUGCUAUGUUUGGGAAGGAUGUAGCUGAAGUUGGACUCAGUGCAAGAGCCAUUACAACAGAAGUUCAUUCUUAUGAGGGAGAGUAUAAUGGUGUGAAGAUUAAAGUGUAUGAUACAGUUGGGUUUAGAGAUGCCAGAGUCAAAAGUAAUACAAAUAUUUUGUUGGAUAUUGCUAAGCAUGGUCAGUUUGAUCUUAUCCUCAUUUGCUUAAAGUUAGGAGGUAGAGCUGACCGAAGAAUGUUCUUAGAACUGGCCUCUGUCUUACAUAGUGAAAUGUGGAAGAGGACAGUUGUUGUAUUGACAUUUGCAAACCAGUUCGAGACACUCGAGAGUGAAAAAGAAUCUAAAGACGUGGAAAGUGGAAUAAAAGUGCAGAUAAAUGGGCACAAAGCAUGUGUUGCUGAAUUUCUUUCUAAAAGCGUUAAUAAAGAAGUAGUUGAGGAUAUACCAUUCUGUUUAGCUGGGUUACAAGAUGAAAAGAAGCUACCUACUGUAGACAACUGGCUGAUUACACUGUGGAACACAUCCAUUUAUCGGUCAAGUGAUGAGGCACGUCCAUUGUUAUCAUUUUAUUAUGAAACAUAUCGAGCUUUUAUUGAAAUAGCUGGUUCUACCGGUGGUAAAGCUAUUAUAAUAGGUGCUAGUAUUGGAGCAUUAGCUGGUUCUGUAUUACCUGUUACAGGUUCUGUAAUAGGAGCUGGAAUUGGAGCUGGAAUUGGAGCUGGAGUAGGAGCUGGUAUAGGAUGGCUCUAUUCAAAAUAA